AUGCGGGGCAAGGACGAUGAGUACGAUUAUCUCUUCAAAGGUGGGGAGGCUCCCAUCCCUGCCAGGCUGUGGGGUGGGUGCCUUUCCUGGUGGCUGGGGGAGCUGACGCUGUGUUUGUGCCCACCAGUCGUGCUCAUUGGGGACUCAGGGGUGGGCAAGAGCAACCUGCUCUCACGCUUCACCCGCAACGAGUUCAACCUGGAGAGCAAGAGUACCAUCGGCGUGGAGUUCGCCACGAGGAGCAUCCAGGUGGACAACAAGACGGUGAAGGCUCAGAUCUGGGACACGGCCGGGCAGGAGCGGUACCGCGCCAUCACCUCCGCCUACUACCGAGGGGCAGUGGGAGCUCUGCUGGUCUAUGACAUCGCCAAGUACCUGACGUACGAGAACGCAGAGCGCUGGCUGAAGGAGCUGCAGGACCACGCUGAUGCCAACAUUGUCAUCAUGCUGGUGGGCAACAAGAGUGACCUGCGGCACCUGCGGGCUGUGCCCACCGACGAGGCCAGGAGCUUCGCAGAGAAGAAUGGGCUGUCCUUCCUUGAGACGUCUGCCCUGGAUUCCACCAAUGUGGAGACAGCCUUCCACAACAUCCUCUCGGAGAUCUACCGCAUCGUGUCCCAGAGGCAGAUCACGGGCCAGGCGGAGUCGGAGUUUGGCCCCGCCACCACCAUUGAACCCAUCCAGGUGCUGCCCACGCAGCAGGAGGGCCGGCAGGCACCCUGCUGCCAGAACAUCUGA